UUUCUGUGCGUCUCAAUCUUGGCGUUGAGUUCCCGGGCUUCUUCUCUAAACUAUGCCGAAAGUAGUGUCCCGGUCCGUAGUGUGUUCCGACACCCGAGACAGGGAGGAAUAUGACGAUGGUGAGAAGCCCCUCCACGUCUAUUACUGUCUGUGCGGCCAGAUGGUCUUGGUACUUGACUGCCAGUUAGAGAAGUUACCUAUGAGGCCCCGGGAUCGGUCUCGUGUGAUUGAUGCUGCCAAACAUGCCCAUAAGUUUUGUAACACAGAAGACGAGGAAACUGUGUAUCUCCGGAGGUGUGGAUUACCACUCUUCUACCAGUCCCAGCCCAAGAACGCUCCUGUGACCUUCAUUGUGGAUGGAGCAGUGGUCAAGUUUGGCCAGGGUUUUGGGAAAACAAAUAUAUAUACUCAGAAACAAGAGCCUCCCAAGAAGGUGAUGAUGACCAAACGGACCAAAGACAUGGGCAAGUUCAGCUCUGUCACAGUGUCUACCAUUGAUGAAGAGGAAGAGGAGAUUGAAGCUAGAGAAGUUGCUGAUUCAUAUGCUCAGAAUGCCAAAGUGAUUGAGAAGCAGCUGGAGCGCAAAGGCAUGAGCAAGAGGCGGCUACAAGAACUGGCUGAAUUGGAAGCUAAGAAAGCUAAAAUGAAGGGGACCUUGAUUGACAACCAGUUCAAGUAACUAGGAAGAUUCUCCAAGCUGAGACUGGAGGCAAGCACUUUAG